GGCGGCGGUUCCGAGGCCCGCGAGCGUGGGCCGGGUCCUCACUGCUUGCUGCGCACCCGAGCGAACCGGCGGUCUCCGGCCUCCUCGCCAUGGCCAGCAACGUCCCACCGACCCCCAGGGGAUCCUUCCCGAGGUACCUGGAGCACCUCUCCGGGUCCGGCAAAGCCAUCGGUGUGCUAACCAGCGGCGGGGAUGCCCAAGGUAUGAACGCUGCUGUCCGUGCUGUGGUGCGCAUGGGAAUAUACGUGGGGGCCAAAGUGUACUUUAUAUAUGAGGGCUACCAAGGCAUGGUGGAUGGAGGCUCUAACAUUGUGGAAGCCAAAUGGGAGAGCGUAUCCAGCAUCCUACAAGUGGGUGGAACGAUUAUUGGCAGUGCCCGUUGCAAAGCCUUUCACACUCGAGAAGGUCGCUUACAGGCUGCUGGUAACUUGGUCCAGUGGGGCAUUACCAACCUGUGCGUGAUCGGUGGGGACGGAAGCCUCACAGGGGCCAACAUCUUCCGGAAGGAGUGGAGCGAACUGCUGGAGGAGUUGGCCAAGAAUGGUAAGAUCAGCGAGGAAGCCGUGACGAAUUACUCUUACCUUAACGUGGUGGGCAUGGUGGGUUCCAUCGACAACGACUUCUGUGGCACAGACAUGACCAUCGGCACGGACUCUGCCUUACACAGGAUUAUGGAAGUCAUUGAUGCCAUCAUGACCACUGCCCAGAGCCACCAGAGGACCUUCGUUCUAGAAGUGAUGGGGAGACACUGUGGGUACUUGGCCUUGGUGAGUGCCUUGGCCUGCGGAGCAGACUGGGUGUUCCUCCCAGAGUCUCCACCAGAAGAGGGCUGGGAGGAAAACAUGUGCGUCAAACUUUCAGAGAACCGUGCCCGAAAAAAAAGACUGAAUAUUAUCAUCGUGGCUGAAGGAGCAAUUGAUACCCAAAAUCAACCCAUUUCCUCUGAGAAAAUCAAGGAUCUUGUGGUGAAGCAGCUGGGAUUCGACACUCGAGUGACUAUUCUUGGACAUGUGCAAAGAGGAGGGACCCCUUCAGCAUUUGACAGGAUUUUGGCUAGUCGCAUGGGAGUGGAGGCGGUCGUUGCCCUGCUGGAGGCCACCCCCGAGACCCCGGCCUGUGUGGUGUCGCUGAGUGGAAACCAAGCUGUGCGCCUGCCCCUGGUGGAGUGUGUGCAGAUGACCCAGGAUGUACAAAAGGCGAUGGAUGAGAGGAGAUUUAAAGAUGCUGUACGACUCCGAGGAAGGAGCUUUGAGGGCAACCUGAACAUCUAUAAGCGACUGGCCAUCAAGUUGCCUGAUGAUCAGAUCACAAAGAGCAACUGCAACGUGGCUGUCAUCAACGUGGGGGCACCUGCUGCUGGGAUGAACGCGGCCGUGCGCUCCGCCGUGCGAGUGGGGAUCGCAGACGGCCACAAGAUGCUGGCUAUCUAUGAUGGCUUUGAUGGCUUUGCCAAGGGCCAGAUCAAAGAAAUCGGCUGGUCAGAUGUUGGAGGUUGGACUGGCCAAGGAGGGUCCAUUCUUGGGACAAAACGUGCCCUGCCCGGGAAGUUCUUGGAAGAGAUUGCUGAGCAGAUACGUGCUCAUAGUAUCAAUGCCCUCUUGAUCAUUGGUGGAUUUGAGGCCUACCUGGGACUCCUAGAGCUGUCAGCGGCCCGGGAGAAAUACGAGGAGCUCUGUAUCCCCAUGGUUAUGGUUCCUGCCACUGUCUCCAACAAUGUGCCCGGUUCCGAUUUCAGCAUCGGGUCAGACACAGCUCUGAACACUAUCACCGACGCUUACUCCAGCGCGAUCAUGAUGGCUAAUGCUCGCGACAGCCACGAGGAGUUUUGCAUCCCUGUGUGCGUUCUGCCUGCUACCAUUAGCAACAAUGUCCCAGGCACAGACAUAAGUAUUGGCUCUGACACUGGCCUGGAUGCAGUGGUUGAGACAUGUGACAGAAUCAAACAGUCGGCCAGCGGGACCAAGCGUCGAGUGUUCAUCAUAGAGACCAUGGGGGGCUACUGUGGCUACCUGGCCAACAUGGGGGGCCUCGCAGCUGGAGCUGAUGCUGCCUACAUUUUUGAAGAGCCAUUUGACAUCAGAGAUCUACAGUCCAACGUGGAACACCUGACAGAGAAAAUGAAGACCUCCAUCCAGAGGGGUCUUGUGCUCAGGAAUGAGAGCUGCAGUGAGAACUACACCACGGACUUCAUUUACCAGCUCUACUCGGAGGAAGGCAAAGGGGUGUUUGACUGCAGGAAGAACGUGCUGGGCCACAUGCAGCAGGGUGGAGUACCUUCUCCAUUUGAUAGAAACUUUGGAACCAAAAUCUCUGCCAGAGCCAUGCAAUGGAUCACCACUAAGCUGAAAGAGUCCUAUGGCAAAGGAAAGAAAUGUGUUUCUGACGACUGCAUCUGUGUGCUGGGAAUAAGCAAAAGAAAUGUCCUUUUCCAACCUGUGGCAGAUCUAAAGAAGGAAACAGAUUUUGAGCACAGGAUUCCCAAAGAACAAUGGUGGCUGAAACUGCGGCCUCUUAUGAAGAUCUUGGCCAAGUACAAGGCAAGCUUCGACGUGUCUGACUCUGGUCAGCUGGAGCCCGUGCAAGACCAGAAUACUCAAGGGGAACCUGCGGCCAUCUGAGUGCUGUGCUGACCAUCAAAAUGACGUGUUCAGUGAGGCCUGGAACUUACCGGGACCAUCUUUUUGUAACAUUUAAGUUAUUUAUCGGCACUUUACGCAAGUAUUGUUGGCAGUAACAGCUAAUCAGAAAGCAUCAGUUACCAGUGUCAUCUUAUCCCAAUCAUCUGCGACAUAAACCCCUACCCAUUCCAGUGAGUUGUCUCCUCCCCCUUGUAUUCUAUCUUCAUGCUUCAAAAUGUGUCUGUCUAGUGGAAUUAAACAUAUGGCUGAAACCCUUAA